UUUGUGUAAACAUAAACACAUGGAUCAACAAAUCGUGUUUACAUUGAUUGAAGCGCAUUAAAACUGAGGGAAAUGGUUAUACAGAAUACAAGAAAAAGAGUGAAUUUAUGGCGUCCAUUGUUCCGACAUUUUUUGAAAAAAAGGCACUUACUUUCCUGAAUAAUACACGUAAACAAGAAGCGACUUUCAUGCGAGAUUUUAUCAUGCCUUUCUAUGAGGCCAGAUUUAUUUCCAAUGACAACCACAUCACCAGUACUUACUCCUACAUCUGUGCAACCAAGAGAUAGCAGAAAAUGUCUUUUCCAAAGUCCCACAGACACCACAACAAGAAAAGAAUUACCUGGAUUUGUUACUCCAUUGGGAACAUCUCACAUUUUGUCUCAGAAGAGAAAUAGGCGAGUAGUUGUCUUUUCACCAUUGAAGGGUACUAAUUAUAAGAGCCCACCUAAAAAGAAACGUAGGCAACCAGUAUGGACCCAGAAAGAGUUGUGUUCCCUAGUAGAGUUUGUGGCCUUACACAAGGACUUACAGUCUUCUGAUAAUGAGUGGCCUGCUAUGAAUGCAGAUAAUAUAUAUUGGACAAAAGCAAGUGAUUUCAUCAAACAGACCUGUGGCUCUGUUAGAAGCACUAUUUCAUGUAGAGCAAAGAUUGUCAACCAUUUUCGAAUUACCUACUCAACCAUUGAUGAAGCAGAAGAAGAAUUUUUGAUUAAUUAUGAAGAAUCCUCAUCCACAUUUGAUGAUUCCGGCUUUAUACAGACACCAAAGACACCAACUACACCUGCAACAUCAACCAGUGAUGAUAAAUUUCUCGAUUAUUAUACAUCUAAAUUUAAUCCAGACCAGGUUGUAUCAAUAUGGCAGAAACUGGGCAAACAAAUUACAGAUAGCCAGCUAAUUCUAUCUUUAAAUUCCAUACUGAAUGAGGAUCAGUUGUUAAAACUCAUUAGUACUUCAUCAGUUGACUUUGCAGAGCAGUCAAUUAAGGCAAAUUUUAAAAGACUAUCAAUUGAAACUAAAAAACAAUUUCUUGAUCAAAUGUUUGAAAGUGUUGCAGAGGAAGAGGGGUUGAAAGUUGGAACAGCCAAUUUCACCAGUCUGUCUCUUAGAGCAAUGAAAACUCUGAAAGAAAAUAGUAAACCCAAUGUAGUAACAGAUUUUGUGAAAUGCCUUGGAACAAAAAGACCAAAUUCACAGGAACCACUGAUGCCGGUCACACGGAUGCCUUUUGGUUUAAUUCAGCACCAGAUUCAGUUCUUCUGUGCUAGUGAUAUUAGACAGAUUUCCAUACCAGAUGAUUAUUUUCAGUGGUUGGAAACCUUAGAUGCAGAAUUUGAAGACAAACUAGGAAGAAUUUUGCGAGGUCCAAUGUGGAGUGGUCAACCUGCCAACUGUAUUGGGAAACCUUUAGAGGCUAGAGUGAACUUAGCAGCUGUCAGCAGGUCCACACUUCACAGAAGAACAUCAGCUUCUGCUUUUACAGACUCUCCAGCUAUUCAGAUCCCAGCCAUUAAACUUUUGACAGAGGUAAAUCCAGAAGGGCAGUACUGGUUAAAACUGGACGGAACUGAUCUGAAAGACUCACUUCAACACUCUGUGAAAGAUGUUUGGAAUGGUGAUGUCAAUUUGAAUGAUGGUAAACUUGAUACUUUACGAGAACAGUAUGAAAGCAGACUUAAUUGGAUGAAUUCAAUACACACUUUGAAUAAUGCUAAUUUAGAAACUGGUGUUCAACAGCUGAAAAUUGAAUUAGAAUAUGAUUGCCAAUUUUUAGAAAAAGGUUUCCAAUCAGCUUGUAAUACUCUUCAAACAAAAGUGAAAGUGAAAACAACAAAUGCAGAAACUCUUAAAAGUUUGAAUUGGGAGGUUGUGGAGUUUAAUCAACUUUUACAAGAUUGCACUGAAUACCAAAGGAAACUACAGAAUUGUUCAAUGUACAUAGAUCUCCUGAAAUCCAUGAAGAAUGACUUCCUUACCUACUUGAAAAACUUGUUCAAAAAGAAGAGAACAGCAGCAAGUCAUGUAUUAGUAAUUGCAAUUUCAGAUGAAAAAAGAAGUAAAAAGCCAUACACACUUCCUAUUCAGUAUAUCCCUUACAAGUCACUAAGAGAUCAGCAAGUCAGGGAUUUAACAACUCCUAUAAAGAAAGCGAUGGCAGAAGCUGGAUUGAAAGUAGUUGGUACAGUAACAGAUGGUGAAUUCAACUCACUUAGGUCACAGGGAGACACUGGACCCCUUCACAUAUGGCAACUUAUCCAUGAUUCCAGAGAGGCAGUGAGGAAGAUGUCAAAGUUAACAUUGAUUUCCAUGCUUACCUAUGUUGGAGAAGAUGAAAAUGGUAACCCAUUUGCGGAGAGAUCUAAUGAUGCUAUACCCGGAGAUGUAAUUGUUGAUUUAAAAAAAAUGAAGGAUGAAGGAUUGUCCUUUCAAGACAGCAUUGUCAAUUUUAGGAGAAGACUUAUUCCAGAUGGUUAUGAACCAUAUCCAUUCCGAAAAGACACACCAGAGUCGUAUCUAGACAUGCUUCGUACUGUUGUUGCCACAUAUAUAUACAGAGACAUCGUUCUAAAAUUGAAACAGGAGGGCAGAGACUUCACAUGUUAUUUGUAUGUUCCAGAAGUUGAUCCAGCAACUAAAACCAUACACUAUGAAAGAGGUGACCAUAACCAUAUUCUGAAGAGAAUGGCAACCUCAACUAGAGAAUGUAAAAAUGUGUCACUGAACCCUGAAGCCUUUGACAAGGCGAUGAUGGACAAUAACACAGGGCUCACCCACGCAGCCCUUACUGGUCAAAGACCACAGUCCGUUGAGGAUGCAGAAAAACUAUUGUCAUAUCAGGUUGCCCUUAGCAUGGAACAAAAUAAUUUUGAAUCAGAAGCAGAAUAUGUUAGAACUAUCGCUGGAUGGCACGAGUCAUCAGAUGGACGUGGAUUAACUCAAUUACAGAGAUCCAAGUUUAAUUACCAGAUGUUAAACUACAUCUUAGAUGACUUCAUGCCAUGGCACAGAGAGAUUUAUAAUUUCUUAUAUAUAGAUAUCAACAGACCAAUGGAAAACCUUAGAGGAUUCACACGUGAAACAUUCAUUGAUAUAACAGCCAAUAUCGAAAGUCAAGAACAUCGCCGUAGACAAAAUAAUCUAAUGAAUUAUCCUGAACACCCGAGGGCAUCCACCACAGAUGAUGUUGAAUGUUUUUUCAGCAUGACACGCAGGCAGUUAGGAGACACAUUCACCUUAAAAGAAUUUAAAUCAGGAUGGCGGAAAAUUGUUCGUGAAUUUUGCAAGCGCCUUGAUCCUAAUAUUCCUUUUUAUUACUGGACUCAAAAUGAAAGGUUCAAAUUAGAACAUGCAUCUUUUGAUAAAGACAAUGGUCAAGAUAAAAGACUUCAUGUUGUUCGCCAUAACCAGAGAGAGGACAGCAAUAUAUUCACUGCAGGCAGAAGCUUUCUUCCUGCACGUAAUAAGCCAAGCAUAAGACAGAGACUGUUUCGUUUGGAUGUUGGAUUACCGCCUGUACCAGAAAACCUGCAGCAUUUACAUUUACGAUAGAUGUAAAUGUAUAUAUAGACAUACUUCAUAUUUGUUCGAGGUCCCCAACAAUUCAUCUAUCUUGACUGUGGUCUUUAUCAGUAACUUAAUUGUUUGUGAUUUUAUUGGAAAUAUUAUGUAUACAUGUAUGUUUUCAAUUCAAGAAUAGUUACAUGGUCUUAUUUUUAUAUUGAUGCAUUAGUUAUGAACAGAUGAAAAUGUAUCAUCCCUUUUAUGAUUAAAAAAGUUAUUAUUCAUGAAAAUGUAAUCCUUUGGUUGAACAAUGUCUUCCAGCAGUGAGUUGUAUGUUAUAUACAUGUAUGUUCUCCAUAUUUGUUAAAUGAUAGCUGGCUAUUUGUAGUGUCUGUUUAAUUUUAUAGCAGAGAAAAUACACACCCUCAAUUUUAAAACACUUUGUUUCUGUUGUCAAGUGCAAUUUAAUAUUUAUAUUUAAUAUUCCUAGUAAACAGUUAAUUAAGUGGAAGAUUUUUUGAACUGUGAUGUCAUGAAUGUAUAUAUAUUUAUAUGAAGUUUGUGAUCUGUUUUUUUUUGUAUACUGCUAUUACAUGGAGUUAUUGUUAUCCUAUUUGACUGUUCAUAUAUACAUGUAAAUGUAUAUAUAUAUACAUAUUAAUAUUUUAAAGCAAUAAAUUUUAUCUCUUCAAAUGGCAUAUAUAUUUUUUAAAAGUUCAAUUUGAUAUGAAAAAAAAAAUUCCAUCUUUUUAAUCAUUUCAACAUUUGGGUAAAAAAUCGUUAUGCAAGCAAAAUAAAAUUUGCAGAACAGGAUGCAACCCUCUGGCGCGCUGUGAAAAGUCGUAAGGUUGUAAGUCACUGGCGUAGAUGGAAUAAGCUCGUAAACUUGGACUGCUGCAAAUUCAAUCUUGCUUAUUGUAAAUUUAUUAAUUAUAAUUCAUAUAUAUAUAUAUAUAUGUCAUUUGAUCAGGUACUUCAUGUAUA